AUGAUGAUGAUGAAUAAUUGUCCAGACAAGACAUUCAUGAAAAAUACAAAUUCAUUAUUGAGAGAUGAUGACGAUCAUACUCACAAAACGAUGAAUAAUGAAACAAUGUUUGAUAGGCCUUUAUGUAAUGUCGAAACCGAAAAAAGAAGGUAUGCAUCAUCGUCUUCAUCCGAAAGUGAAUUCUUUUUUAGGAAUCAUGACAGAAUUUUGACUUGUGACAGCGAUACCACCGAUACAGAGGAACACCACGAAGAUCUUGACGACGAUGAAUUCACCAGCCACUCUUCUUCCAUUAAAAUGGUUUGGGAUCAAAUUCCAAUUAAUAACCAACACACAGAAAUUGAUAGAAAUAGUGUGAAUAUUAACAUGUUUACAAUGGACCAGAAAAGUUUUAAUUUCGAGAACAUCAUUCUUUCCGAUUUGAUGGACAACUGCACACCAAGAAAACCAGGAAACGAUGUGAAAAAAAUUACAAUUCUUGUGGAAAGUGAUGAAACUAGUUCUUUAAGUGACGACGAGGAUGAAAGUGAUGAAGGUGAUGAUGACCAUGAGAACAAAUUCAUUUCAUCUUCUUCUCCCUUCAAUCAUUUAAAUUCUACUUUGAAAAAUCAAUUGAAAUUGAAGCUUUCUACAAUCUCACAACAACAAGAAACAUCUUCUAACGAUGAUUUAAUGCAACCAACUCGAAUUUCUCACGACGUCGUUUUAACGACGACAACAACGUUGGAUGUGAAAGAUCAAAAUUUUCCUUCUCUCAGUGAAAAUUCCAAUCAAAAUUUAUCCACUCCUAAUGCUCAGAGUUCAGCUGAAACAACCGUCACAAAUACCAACUCAACAUUGACGACAUCCAACUCUACGUCAACUGCAAUGAAUGAUAUUCCUACUGUGUGUGAAAAUUCCCGACGAUUUACUUUUGAUGCCAAUGAUAUCAUUAAGGCAGUUUUUGAAGGAAAAUAUGAUGAACAUGUUCAAAAAUUAUUACAACAAGAUGUUUCUCAAUAUCUCACACAGUUAGUGAAAAAGAAAAAAACAAUCACUUCUGGAAAGGAUGAUAUUUUAAAGCAUUUAGAAAGUUCUGUGUCACGUGACACGACAACCAAAAUGCAAUAUUCUGCUUCCUCAUUUACUUUACCUCCUGAUGAAACAAGUUCUAGUGACACUCUUGAUACGAUCGAAAAGAUUCAUGAUGAUGUAACUAGUAUUCUUUACCAAGACGAAUCAUCUCCUCUCAACAAGUUGAAUAAUCUCAUUACUGAAAAGAAGAAACUUCUCACACGAUCCAAUACUACAUUUUUUCAGCCGAGGAGUGGAAAUGACCGACCUCUCGCGGAUGUGAGACAUCGAAGAAAAAUCACAAAUAUCGGUUCUGGAAUGAUUCCAACAAAUUUCAAUGAUAUUGUGGCACCCAUGAGUCCAAUUUCUCCAAAAACACCAAAUAGUGCUCAACUGAACACUUGUGAAAUCCAUUUGGACCCAAAACGAAAUCGAACAACUUUGAAUAUUCAUUAUUCAAGUUCGAGUGAUUCAUUGCUGUCAUCUACAAGGAAUAAUCAUCACAGUACUUCGCGAUAUGGAUCCUAUUCUGAUGAUAUUUAUCGAGUGACAAUUUUGGGAGAUUUAGGAGUUGGAAAAACAAGUAUCAUUCAUCGAUUUAUUAAGGGAACUUUUUCAAAUGAGUACAAUUCGACACAAUUCGAAGACAUUUAUCACAAACCUUUAAUGUUUUUGAAAUAUCAAGAAUUGAAAUUGCUGGAAUUAUUAGACACAUCAGCACUUCACAUUCGCCACUACAAGAACAAAUCGAAUCAACAUUCUGGAACAGUGAAUUCGCUCAACCAAUCACCAUGUCAGUUAUCAACAUUAACCAGCACGUCAACAAGUGUUACCCCUUCAAAUCAUCAUGUUGAAGCAGCAACAGUUGAAAAUACUAGUAACAGCAUUAAGGAUUCUCACGACUCUCCCAACUCUCAUCAAUCUGGUAGUUUGGUGGAGCCAAGACCUCCACGUAUUGAAAUUCCAUCAAGUUUUUUGAGUGGUUAUAUUGUCAAGUGUGAUGCCUAUGUGUUGGUGUUUAGUAUGGAUGAUGCGAAUAGUUACAAAUACUGCAAAGAUAUUUACAAAUCCAUUGUUGGAGAAAAGAAGAUGCUCUCUCUGAAAUCUGCAUCGAGUUCGCAUCUUCUGUCGACAUCCAACUCUGAAACCAAUGUUGCAACGCCAAGAACAGUUGCUAGGAGCGAUGUUCCACUGGUAUUGGUUGGAAAUAAGGCAGAUGUGAGUCUUGAGGAACGAGUGAUUGAUCCAAAAAUGAUUUGGGAAGAUGUUCAUACCAAUCUUGCCUUUGGCUCUAAUUGUUCUUUCAUUGAAACGAGUGCCAAAACAGGGCCUGUCGAUUGCAUCUUUGAGGCCCUUGUGAAUAGAAUUUGCAUGAGAGAAGAACCAGCUUCAUCAUCGAAAAUUCAAUCCUCUCCCAGAGAUCCCCUUAAUUCAAGAAAUAAAAAGUGUGUUAUCCUGUAG